UAAUUGGCUACCAAAUGAGAAGAAAAGCUCAGCAGCAUCCAAUUUCCCAGAAAACCCAAAACAAAAUCUCCACCACACACACACACACACACACACACACACACACACACAGAGACUCCUAAAGUCCAUCAUCCUCCAUAGCUCACUCUCAACGAAACCCAGAUGUUCAUUCUUCAGAGAAUGGCGAAUUCAUAUUCCCUCUUCACCUCCUCUGCGUUUCUAUCUACCCCUCUCUUAAAGACUUCUUCUUUGCCUUCCCAUUUUCAUUCCAAUCUCAGUCGCUUUGUUUCAACAACACCCUUUAACGCCCUUUUCAACAACAAUAGAAAUGGGUUUUCCACCUCUUUGGCUGUAGCUACUGAUUCUUCCUCCCAGAUUGCGGUUUCUACCCAGAAUGAAAAAUUGAACCAGACCCAGAAUGACAAAACUGAUGAUUUUCGGAAAGUUGUGCUUCCCACCAACGACUCCUCUGAUAAGCUCCUAAGAAUUCGCCACUCGUGUGCACAUGUAAUGGCCAUGGCUGUUCAAAAGAUUUUCCCGGAUGCGAAAGUUACAAUUGGGCCAUGGAUAGAAAAUGGGUUUUAUUAUGAUUUUGAUAUGGGGCCUUUGACAGACAGAGACCUGAAGAAAAUCAAGAAGGAAAUGGAUCGAAUCAUUGGUAGAAAUUUACCACUUGUAAGAGAAGAAGUUACGAGAGAUGAAGCUCAGAGAAGAAUAAUGGCUCUUAAUGAACCUUACAAGUUGGAGAUUUUGGAUAGCAUUAAAGAAGAUCCUAUUACCAUCUAUCAUAUUGGUGAUGAAUGGUGGGACCUUUGUGCUGGCCCCCAUGUUGAAUCGACCGGAAAAAUUAACAGAAGAGCUGUUGAACUUGAAUCUGUUGCUGGUGCUUACUGGAGAGGAGAUGAGAAAAACCAAAUGCUGCAGAGGAUUUAUGGGACUGCAUGGGAGAACGAAGAACAACUGAAGGCUUACCUUCACUUCAAAGAGGAGGCUAAACGUCGGGAUCACAGACGCCUUGGUCAAGAUCUUGAUCUGUUUUCUAUACAGAAUGAAGCUGGUGGGGGUCUUGUUUUCUGGCAUCCCAAAGGUGCUAUUGUGAGACACAUGAUCGAAGACUUGUGGAAAAAAAUCCACAUAGAACGUGGUUACGAUAUGCUGUAUACUCCACAUGUAGCAAAGGCAGAUCUUUGGCAGAUCAGUGGCCAUCUGGACUUUUACAAAGAGAAUAUGUAUGACCAGAUGAGCAUUGAGGAUGAACUCUAUCAACUUCGACCAAUGAACUGCCCUUACCAUAUAUUGAUUUACAAAAGGAAGCUUCACUCUUAUCAUGAUUUUCCUAUUCGAGUAGCAGAGUUGGGAACGGUAUAUAGAUAUGAAUUAUCUGGAAGCUUACAUGGCCUGUUUCGAGUAAGAGGUUUCACUCAGGAUGAUGCACACAUAUUUUGUUUGAGUGAUCAAAUAAAAGAUGAAAUCAGGGGUGUCCUAGAUCUUACAGAAGAAAUGUUACUUCAAUUUGGUUUUAGCAAGUAUGAAGUCAAUCUUUCCACGAGGCCAGAGAAAGCUGUUGGAGGUGAUGAUAUAUGGGAAAAAGCAACAUCUGCCCUGAAAGAAGCUUUAGAUGACAAGGGUUGGAGCUAUCAAAUUGAUGAAGGCGGUGGUGCCUUUUAUGGCCCAAAGAUUGAUCUUAAGAUUGAGGAUGCUUUGGGAAGGAAGUGGCAGUGUUCAACCAUCCAGGUGGAUUUUAACCUACCACAACGUUUUGACAUCACAUAUGUUGACUCAAACUCAGAAAAAAAGCGACCUAUCAUGAUCCAUAGAGCAGUACUUGGAUCAUUGGAGCGAUUUUUCGGAGUUCUCAUAGAGCAUUAUGCUGGGGAUUUUCCACUAUGGCUUUCUCCAAUCCAAGCUCGAAUUUUGCCAGUUACUGAUACUCAGCGUGAAUACUGCAGUGAGGUUGCUAAGAAAUUGAAAGCAAAUGGCAUUAGGGCUGAAGUUUGCCAUGGCGAACGCCUUCCCAAACUCAUUAGGAAUGCAGAGACGCAGAAGAUUCCAUUGAUGGCAGUUGUGGGACCCAAGGAAGUUGAAACUGGUACUGUUACAGUAAGAUCCAGGUUUGCUGGGGAUAUUGGAACAUUGACAGUUGAAGACUUUGUGGGAAGAACCAAGUCUGCCACUGAAAACAGAACAUCAUUUUGAAGUAGCGAAUGCCAAAGAAAAAUACACAAGGUGAAAUAAUGUCAUGGAAAAGUUAAAAAAAGGAAAAAAAAAAAAAAGAAACAAAAAAAGUUUUGUUGUUUAGAGUUAAACUUGAGCAUGGCAUUGAUUUUGUAUACUUUCAGAUUUUCAUUGAGAUUGAACCAUCAAUAGGAAGGCUACACUUGUAUAUAUAUUCAGUUAACUAGAAGGCAAGAAUGUCAUCAAGAAGUUGGUUUAUCUUUCAUUUAUUUGGUUUACAAAUGAAUAAAGCAAUUUAUUUAUUUUUCAGAA